UCUUUCUUUUAUUAAUAUUUCUCUUUUCUUUUUUCAUAUAUAUAUAUAUUUCUUCAUCAAAUUGAUGAACUUUUUGUUUUGUUAAUCACACUUUCUUUAAAUAUUACUUUCUUUAUCCAAUGAGCUUCCCUCGAGCUAUGCCUAAUAUUAAGCCUUACCCUCAUCAACAAGAAACACAUGCCGAUAUGCCAUAUCACUUUCAGCAAAAACAAUACCAACAACAACAGCAAAAGAAUUAUUCUGUUUAUCGCCCUGCAUAUCACCGUAUCCCAUCUACAACCACUCGUCAGUCCAAGGAUGCCUGGGCUGCUAUGUCUCCCGAAGCUUCUCCUAUUGUGGUUCCUUCCAUGUCUGCUGUUGCUUUACAGCCUCAAUACUUGGACUUUAGUGCCAAUUUAGGCUAUUAUUCCCAACCUGUACAUACUAGAACCUACUAUCCAGCACCAGUCAUGCAUCCUAUUCCCAUUCACCAUACAUUGGAGAAUGCUACCAUUUCUUAUGAUACGGUAGAACAUAGCUUCCAAAAGGAAUUAGUCAAGGACGUCUUUUUCUCUCCUGCCAUGACAACAGAUGGCCGGGAAAUGUCUCCCUCUGAUUUAUCCACGUGCACCCAGAGUGACAACGAGUCCGACGUUGCCUCCACUCCGCCUCAUGAAUACUCUCCUCCCAGCGAAUUCUUGCUGGAUGACAAUGAGGAUCUGUUUGAUUUUGGUCUUGAUCUUGCUACCAACUGUGCCUCUUCUAAUCAGACUAUCACCAGUUCCUAUGAAGAAGUCAGAAUGCAACAUAACAAGAAACCUUGUUUUACUCUAUCCAAGGGCAUGAAGUUUAAUUAUCAAACUGAUUUACCCACUCCUCCUGCCAACACAGAUAGUGGCUCAGAAUACGGAUUUCAAUAUACAGGUACAAAGCGCCGUUGUUCUGAUUCUGUCAUACAAGAUCGUAUCAAGAACAAAAAGCAACGUCAGACUGCUUAUUCAAGAAGCCAAUUCGCUGAUUCAACUCCCCCUGUCUCUCCUGGCACUUUAAAGGACGAUGCCUUAUUUGAAUCCAACGAAUAUUUUGAUGAUGCUUCUGGUGAAGAAUCGGAAGAUGAACAAGUUUCUAAUAGAUUAUCUUUAGAAUACAACCGAUUUGAUACUAGUGCAUCAGGAUUUCAAACCUUUGAAGAUGAAGAAGACGAAGAUGAUACUUUUUCUACUACUUCUUGGGAAGUAGAUGAAGUCUUAGAUUCUGAUUCAGCUAGCGAAGAAGAUGAUGAAGAAGAGGAAGAAGAGAAAAGCUUUAAAGCCCCUACUAAGACAAACCACCCUAAAAGAACCAAGAAAUCAAUCAAAGAUAAUUCCUUCGUAGACGACCUUUUUGUAAACGAAAAUUGCCAUUUACCCAAGGCCCUUCCAAGAGCUACUGCAUACCCUACUAUUUAUCAAAAACUGACCAAAGCCAAUAUUGAUUGGUGUCGCUACUGUGGUACCACAGAAGGUGUCAACUGGCGUCCUGGACCUUGGGGCAAACGUACUCUUUGCAAUAAACAUGGAUGUGAUUACAAAGGCUAUGGAUUUGCUUGUAAACUUCCACGUCUUGAUCUCACAGGAUUUACCAGAGAAAGUAUUGAUGACCGAGAACGCCCUGUUCUUCAACUGUAUUGUUCAGGUUGUCAACGCAAAGAUUCUUGGGAAGGAAACGUACUUGUUCGUUGUGAAGGAUGUCCUAAAGCAUACCAUCAGAAGUGUUGCCAAAAUCCAGAGGAACUCAAUGAUGCAUUUGUGGCCUCUCAAGAACCUUGGUUUUGUGAUGCUUCUUGCAGUGACAAUGCCCGUCGAAAGAGAAUUGUGGUUGAAUUACCCCGCAAACGUCUCCCAUUGAUGUGUGCUCCUAAAUCUUCUUCUUCCGCCAGUUCUGUUUCCUCAGAACCUUCAAGCUCUCGUACUAGAACACUCCGCGAAUCUUCUUUCUCUUCUAUGCGAUAAGCUUAUUUAAUUUAUUGUCGUACAUUACUCUAUAUACAUGUAUAUAUUUUUAUAUAUUUUUAUAUGUUCUUUUCUUUAUAAUAUGCCAUGUUAUAUACUAUUUUUUUUUUUACUAGAGUCAAACAAACAAACAAAAAAUACAUGUAUAAUAAAUACCCACUUUUUUCCACUU